UGGUCUGGGGAUACUGAGACCCAGCCAUGAGCUCACUAUUUCUGCAUGUAAUCUAGUUAAUUUGGGUGUUUUGACCGAAGCCGAAAGCAGUAACGUUUUUGUCGACCCGAUGUUGGAAAAGACCACCGAAAAGUACUGGCUUGGUAGAGACGGUGAAAAGCAUGCAAAGCUCUGUUUAGACGUUAGCCAGUCGUUUUAAGACUUAGUUUUGUUUUCCGUCGAUAUGUAUCUUCCGGGCGAAUGUUACAAGGUUCAUAUUUUUUGAGUCAGAAACUAUCAUUUAUACUGCAAGGGAGAGGCUCAAUGCUAAAACGUCUCUUUGUACAUACCACAAACCUUUGCAUUUAAAAUAUACCUUAAUAACUGCCAAUUUUAAUUUUCUUUCAUAGUUUUGCUAUAUAUUUGCGGAGGAUUGAUUUGCUCAUAUAACCUCCUCAGGGCUACUUCAACAGCUUCCUUGAGUGGGACCUAAGUGUACGAACUCUUUACAUCAAGGGAAAUUAUACUCUCAUCAGCGUCCAAUUCUGUUUUCUCAAGGAAAAAUACUGCCAAAUUUAGUAUUUUUUUUUAUAGUUUUGCUAUAUAUUUGCGGAGGAUUGAUUUGCUCAUAUAACCUCCUCAGGGCUACUUCAACAGCUUCCUUGAAUGGGACCUAAGUGUACGAACUCUUUGCAUCAAGGGAAAUUAUACUCUCAUCUGCGUCCAAUUCUGUUUUCUCCAAGAUCUUGGCCAUUUGAGUGUUCGUUUCUAUGUUUGCCCCUCAUUUUUAUCAAAGUAUCUUGCCAUUGUUUAACUUAGGUAGUCAUAUGAGCUACCAGGUAAAGAAAGGACGGGACGAAGUGGUGUGCCUUGUUUGUGCACUUUUGCUAAUCCAUACAGCAUAGCCGGCUGCGCACCCGUUGAUCUUAACCGUAAUCAGGCACGCGAACAGUUAAGAUCAUAUUCAAGUCAUAUCCACGCUUCUUAAUACGUCCGUCUGCCACAAAAGUUUAUACACAUAUUGCAAACAUAUAAUUGGUUGUUUUUUUUUAAAUUAUUUUAUAUCAAACGUCCUAGGUUAUUUUUAUGAGCGAUGAUCUCAUCUAGAUUUCAAUUUUUUUAUGUACUAAGAAGCGAAAACGUUCGUAAUUAAAGCGUUACUCAUUUGCUCCAGGAUAGAUUGUGUUGUAUACUAAAUGGCUGAGUGCCUUGAUCUGUUGAAAGAUGAUGGGCUGGCUGGUUUUGAAUCAAAUUUGUUUGACAAUGCAGUGGAUUGGUCGGGCCAUGAAAACAACAAAGAUGAACAACAACUCGAAAUACAAAUUUUGGAGUCCAUGUUUCCAAAAGAGCUUGAAGUUAUUUCAUCGAGCGAAGAACACGGUUGCCGAAACACGUUACAACUGGCGGUUCAUGUUAAUAUCAUAUCUAAGCCUAUAUUGAUCGAGCUAUGGGCUUCUGGCAACGAUGGGGUUGAUUGUUCAGUCGUAGAUGCCGUUGCAAAGAAUCGAACUGAAACUGAAAGGCCUGUUUUCAAUCGAACGAUUUCUGGUAACCGCCUGUAUACUUCAAUGUUUGUUAAUAAUCUUACACCGGUCAUCCUAACAUUGGUACUUCCCGAAACAUAUCCUGUGGAAGCAUGUCCCGUUUUCUCAUUGUCUUGCCAGUGGCUUUCUUCGACACAGUUGUCAGCUGUCGCUACGAAACUAGAAAGUUUAUACACUGAAAAUCAAGGAGAGCAGAUUUUGUACAUAUGGGCGAACUGGAUUCAAAAUGAUUUGCUUAACAGUCUGUCUCUUCAAAGCGUUUUAAUUAUUGACGAAUUGGAAACUGUUUUAGAUCCGAGAAUCUCUAUAGAUGAUACAGAUUCAUUUGCGAGAUUCGCCGAGGUUGUAACUUACGACUUCUCUUUGACUGAAAAACAGUUUUUGACCGAACUACAAACGUGUUUAGUGUGCUACAAGGAAGACUCAGGCUCAAAAUUCAUAAGGCUCAUUCCAUGCCUUCAUCAUUAUUGCUUUGAUUGUAUUACCGAAUUUUGUACCAUGCAUGUACAAGACGGGACGAUUGGUCAAUUAAGAUGUCCUGACGAUGACUGCAAAAAUUCAAUAAGUCCAGAUGUGCUGAAUAGAGUUCUAGGGGAUGAUCAUUACGCCCGUUGGGAGCGUCUCAUGGUGCAAAGAUCACUAGAAGAAAUGGGAGACAUUGCUUGGUGUCCCAGGUGCUCUAAUCCAGUAGUCAAAGACAGCAGUGAAGAUUCAUUGGGAAUUUGUCCUGUGUGCUCGUUUUCCUUCUGUACUAAAUGUGACGAUAUUUGGCACCCCGGAGAGCUGUGCAAGGAGCUUAGAACGGAAGAAAAUAGGAGAAUGCUCAAACUACAGCGUCAACAAGCAGAGGGGCCAAAGCAGCAGGAUUUGCGGGCAGCCAGGCAGGAACUGCACAGACGAUUUCAAUGUCCUGGCUGCAGGAUAAAAAUUGAAAAAUCUGCAGGCUGCAAUAAAAUGACCUGCAGAUGUGGAACAAUUUUCUGCUGGCUAUGUGGUGUCAAAAUAUCUGGCUACGAUCAUUUUGGAAAAGGAUGCCAAACAUUUAGUUUCACUCAAUCUGCGAGUGUUCCACGAAAGGAAGUUCAAUUUCACGAAGGCUACAUCGCUUACAGAGCUGCACUUAUGAACAAUCAGCUAGUGAGACAGAAACAAUGUCCACGGUGUAGAAAUAAGAAUCCAAAAAUGGGUAGACUCAACUUGGUCAAGUGUUGGUUCUGCAAGGGUCAUUUCUGCUUCCAGUGUGGGGAUAAUCUGUCAAAACUGGACAAAGCCACUAGUCAUUAUUCACUGAGCAAAACUUGUAGCCAACACUCAGAUUGAAUGGAAAUAUAUUUCAAAUCAUUCUCGAUUGGUUAUUCGAAACUCAUUUAUGUAAAUUGCACAUACAGAUUGAUUAUUUGCUAAUAACUCUAUCAAAGUUCUAUCACUUUAAAUCAUAUCUUUCGAAAAUAAUCGUAUCUUUUUGCGGCAGAGAAAGAUAAGAAAAUAUAUUCUUCAUGCAUA